AUGACAAUCUCAUCCUUUUCACUCGCUAUCACCGUCACACUUAUCACAUUGAUAUCUUUUUUGCUACAAACUGUUGUUUACAGCCUCGGCUCAGCCUCCACCACGACUAUCACCUAUGGCACUGCUACUGUCUGUGGUAUCAUUGCUGCUGAGCCUACCCAGAGAAUCCAAUGCUACCAAAACGGCCAAAUCAUUUCAAUCCAACCAAACAUCUCCUUUGAAGCCAUCUCAGGUGGUCGCAGCUUCUUCUGCGGCCUCAGGUCUGGCGGCUUUAGCCUCAUAUGCUGGGACACUAGCUCAUCUAACUCAAGCUUUAAACCAAAACGUAUAUAUCACAAUGAGAUGAUUAAAAUGACUGAUCUAGCUGUUGGUGAUGCUCAAGUUUGUGCUAGAGAGGUCAACUCUGGUAUGAUCAAUUGUUGGAGAGGGAAUAGUGGUUCUAAAUUUCCAUCACCUGGAGAAGCAUUAAGGUUUCGUGCAAUCACAUCUGGAAGUGGGUUUUCAUGUGGGAUUUUGAAGAACAAUAGCACGGUUUUAUGUUGGGGUAAUGGUAAAAUUGGCGCCGAGAUUCAGAGACAGUUUGGGAAUGUGUCAAUGUCAACCUUAGUUGCUGGAAAGUCUCAUGCUUGUGGUUUGACAAUGACUGGAAUUUUGGUUUGCAAAGGGAACAAUGGUUCUGGUCAACUGGAUGUUCCUUUUAGUUCCGCUUAUGAGUUUUCUGGUUUGGCAUUGGGAGAAAAUUUUACUUGUGCUAUUAAGGUAAGAAAUGGAUUGGUGGCAUGUUGGGGAGGAAAAAACAGAUUUGAAUUUGAUAGCAAUGUGAUUGAAAACGUUUCCUUUGAGUCCAUUGUUGCAGGUUUGGAUUUUGCGUGCGGAUUAAUAUCGAGUAAUUUAUCGAUGAUUUGUUGGGGACCUGGUUGGUCUAAUAUGCCAAGUGAGCUUCCAUUAGGAAUGAUAAUUCCUGGACCAUGCAUUCAAGCUUCGUGUAACACGUGUGGUACCUAUCCAAAUUCCGAGGCUCUCUGUGAGGGGUCUGGGAAUAUAUGCAAGUCUUGCCAGAUUCAACUUCCAGUUGCAGUGCCAUUGAAACCUAUAACAUCAUCAUCACAGGCAGUUCCUCCAUCAACCAUAGCCAGGAACAAGGUUCUAUUGGUGUUUGUGAUUGUUGGAUCAGUGGGGGCUUUUGGGGGCAUUUGCACAGUUGUCUUUUGCUUAUGGGCUGGACUAUGCUCUUUCUUGCGCAAGAAUACUCAUGAUUCUGUGCAACCCACAACUACUGAGGCCAAUGUAGAUACUGCUGCUAUGCCUCAAAUUGGUUCUAACGUCCCAACUUCAAGAUCAGAUUCCAGCAAGAGUCAAAGCCCCAGGAUGUUGAGACAGAGAAGUGGGUCAUCAACAUCAUAUAAGCAUGCGGACAAGACUCAGAUAUUUUCUUUCUCAGAGCUUUCCACUGCCACCGACAACUUCUCAUUGGAAAACAAGAUUGGUGCAGGGAGCUUUGGUAUUGUUUACAAAGGCAAGCUUGCAGAUGGCCGUGAAGUUGCGAUUAAAAGGGGAGAAACUUCUAUCAAAAGAAAGAAAUUCCAGGAAAAAGAUAGUGCAUUUGUUGCUGAAUUGGCAUUGUUAUCUCGGCUUAACCAUAAGCACUUAGUGGGGUUAAUUGGAUUCUGCGAAGAAAAGGAUGAGAGGCUUUUGGUUUAUGAGUACAUGAGCAAUGGUUCACUCCAUGAUCAUUUGCAUAACAAGGACAACAUUAAUAGAAGUAGCAGCAUUUGGAAUUCUUGGAAAAUGAGGAUCAAAAUUGCAUUAGACGCAGCUAGGGGAAUUGAAUAUCUGCACAACUACGCGGUGCCACCCAUAAUUCAUAGAGACAUCAAGUCCUCAAAUAUACUCUUAGAUGCAAAUUGGACUGCAAGAGUGUCAGACUUUGGAUUGUCACUAAUAAGGCCAGAAUCUGAACAUGAGUCCAUGUCAACCCAGGCGGUAGGGACAGUUGGAUACAUAGAUCCUGAGUACUAUGUAUUAAACGUUUUGACAGCAAAGAGUGAUGUUUAUGGCUUAGGGGUGGUCUUGUUAGAGCUUUUGACAGGUAAAAGAGCUGUGUUCAAGAAUGAAGAGGAUGGGACAGGACCUAUGGGCGUGAUGGAGUAUGCAGGGCCGCUAAUAUUGGCGGGGCAGCUACAAAAGGUUUUGGAUAGGAGGGUUGGGCUGCCGGAGGUGACUGAGGCUGAGGCAGUUCGGUUAGUGGCUUACACUGCUAUGCAUUGUGUGCAUUUGGAGGGGAAGGAGAGGCCUAACAUGAGUGACAUUGUUGGCAAUUUGGAGAGGGCCCUGGCUCUUUGUGAGGACAACCCUGGUAGCCUCUCUCCUGCUACACUGUCCACUCAUUCAGAAUGAUUCUUUUUCCAUUUAUUCUUAUUAUAUUAGGGUAGUUGUUUUCCAUUCAAAAAUUUUCAUUUUUGUUGUAAUCACAUCAUCGAUGUCCUAUA